UUUCUGACGUUGCUCAAUCCACAACAGAAAACCCAAGAAGAUUCUCUACUCUACUCUCUUCUUUAUCACCUGUACGGAUAAUAACAAUCUUAUACAUAAUUCUUAUCAUUCACAGAGGAUAUUAUUGGUUUGCAGUCAAGUGAAGUGGCUAUUGAUUCCUUCUUCAUGUUUAUCAAUCGAAAUACAGAAAUGAGUGUUUCGAAUCCGCAAUCGAACACAGUUUCAUCAUCAAUAGAUUCUUCCAGGAAGAAGAGAUCACGAACCAAGCGUGACGGAUCAAAGUGCGUAGCAGAAACACUCGCCAAAUGGAAGGAAUACAACAGCAAAAUCGAUUCGUUAGACGAAAAAGCGAAACCGGUACGCAAAGUUCCGGCAAAAGGGUCAAAAAAGGGUUGUAUGAAAGGUAAAGGAGGCCCUGAAAACUCAAGGUGUAUGUUUAGAGGGGUUAGACAAAGGACAUGGGGUAAAUGGGUGGCGGAGGUUCGAGAACCGAAUCGAGGGAGGCGGUUAUGGCUCGGGACUUUCGGGUCUGCGGUUGAAGCCGCCCUGGCUUAUGAUGAAGCGGCUCGGGUUAUGUAUGGGUCUUGUGCGCGGCUUAAUUUGCCUAAUUGUCGUUCGAUGACCGAGUAUUCGCAGAUGGUGUCGAAUGGUGCUUCGAGUUGCGACUCUUGUAGUCAUUCAGAGGAGUUUAAACGGGUUAGGCAGGAUGAAGGUGAAUCGAAUAGUGCACCGUUGGUUAUGGUUAAACAAGAGGUUAAAGAUGAACCGGUUGACGAUGAAGAACCAGUUAAGAUGAUGAAGGAUGUUGAAGUUCAAAAUGACAUGUUUGAUAUGGAAGAGCUUCUUGAAAUGAUGGGACAAAGAGAUACCAAAAUGGGUUCGGAUGAAGUCCAAGUCGGGUCACGUGAGCCUUGGUUCGAAAACGAGCCGUAUAACCAAGACCACACGCUCAAACUGCAACAAGAUACUUGUGGGUCCACAGCUGGUUAUGGGUUUGAUUUCUCGAACCCAUACCAGUCAAAUGUGGACCCGGAUGGGUUCCAGGAACUCAACGAUACACGUUGGCUUGAAUCUACGAAUCAAGAUGGUUAUGGGUUUGACUUUCUGAUGCCGGGGCGGCCCGAAGAUUGCAACUUCGUAUUGGACGAUUUAGAAUUUGAAUUUGCGGGCUGAAGAUUGCAACUUUGCAUCUGAUGAUUUAGGGUCUCAAUUUGGGGCUGAAUCGUACGGACGGUCCGUACAUCUAUUUGAUAGUUGGGUUAUAAAAAGAUGGUGAUAUGAAUGAUUCCUAAUUAUAGAAGUGGAGAUGGUGAUGAUGACCUCUCAAGGAUGAUAUUUACGGCGUAUGAGAUGGUUGGAUUAGUGGCAAGAAUUGUAGGAGGUAAUGUUCAUCGUGUUUGAAAGUAUUGGAAUCAUAGUUCAAAAAAAUAAAGCUAAUAAGCGUGGUUUAAAUUUUCAUCGUACAACAUCACAAACAUCGUUAUAAA